AUGACGCGCUCAGCUGCCACGGAUGCAUGCGCCAGCCAUUUCCGACUGAUAAUUGCGCCGCCGCGCCUGGCGCUUGGAAUUCGGCGUUCUUCUGUACAGAGGGUAUUUACAAGUUUGCCUUUCGAUGCAAGAACUGGUGUAAAGAAGGGAAGUGUAUCUAACGGAUGA